AUACCAUGCCUUUUUGGACCUCAUGAGUCAAAAUCCGGCCUUGUUCCUGGUACCCACCUUGGAUCUUGCAUGGCACACACACCAAUUAAAGGGUGAUCAAUACAGACUUGACACUCAAACCUACCUCCAGCGCACUCCCAAUCAUGAUGAUAACGUAGAGGCGACUUCACUCUCGAUUGCAUAUGACAUCACAGCCAAAGCGUGGAAGGACCGUUUCGGCGUACCGUAUUCAGUCUGCGGCUGUAUUCCCGAUCGUGUGCCAGGAAAUCGUCUCAGUCGAUUUAUCUCAGGACUAUCGAUCUUUGACCAUAAGCGUGAAAAGUCAGAUAACAGUAUCGAGGACACCUUAGUUAAUACGCGUCCCGAUUUGGUCACAACUGAAGAUCAUGAGGCCGACACAUCUCACCCCUCCGAGCACAAUGUGUACUUUGGUGACCCAAAUAAUGAAAAAACCAAAUCGAGGAAUACAAAACGGGAGAGAAAGUCUAUUAGGUGUGUUGCAAACGUAAAGAAAUCAGGUGACAGGGACCAGUGGAGAGCUCUGCAAGCCGAAAGAGCGGAAAAGACUCAGCUCGCAUUGUUGGAUGACAAUGAUGGAAAUAAGAGGCAUAAAGAGGCAUUCACAGAUACUCGCCAUGGGUAUGAUCAUUAUUACGCCUAUUGGGGAGUGUCUGCUGCUAUUCCGCUCGGCUUGCCCACCGUGCGACUUGUGAACACUGGAGCCUAUGCUAAGUUUGGCAAUCUCUUUUUUGGGGAAAUUCGAUAG